AUGCUUAGUCCUCACAAUUACACGCAUACCACUACUACCAGGAAGCAAUACAUACAUUUCUUAAGCUCUGUAAACUUAUAUUUUAAGCUAUGUGGGAGCAUCUACGACAGUACCAAUAUUUGUAGAACAUAGAGUACGUAUAGUCUGCGAAAACAUAAAUCUCGAAAACUUUAUAAUAAAUAGCUUUGAAAUAAAGAAAUCUCAGAAUACUCUUCGAAGUGAAGCAAGGUUAAAACUUGACAACCUCAAAAAUUAUGAUAUUUGAUCAAGUUUGAGCAUUGAAUAUACACAUUUUUACGGCUUUUCAGACACUAAAUCGCUUAUAAUUCGGAAACAGUAAGCUUUAGACAAAAGUUAAUGGAAGCCUUGUUUGCUCGAAAUGAUCCAAAAAAAACAGCAAAAAAUUGUAAUUCAUUUAGAAAAAUUGUUUACAUAAAUUUGACCUGGGUUACGAGCUGGUAUAUUCGAUGAUUAAAAACUCUAUUGAAAAUUAUAACUCUUGAAGUAACCAAUAAUCUAAUUAAAAGUUUAUAUCUUGCUCUACAAUACCUUGAAGAGUGUUUUGUGAUAAGUUUAUUUGAAAACGACUUCAACAUUGUUUUUCAGCUCAAAAUUUGCUAACUUUUGGUUAUCGAAUACUGCACACUGACAGCUGGCAUUCGUACCAAUGUAUCACCGUCCACAACAGUAACGAGUGCCUUUGAUACCUUGUUGCUUAAGAGUAGCAAAGCCAUCGUUCGUGAUCGGUGCUUGGAAAGAGCUAACUUUACAUUUCCUGCUGUGAACAAUAACAGAAAACAUGGAUUAGUGCAUUCUUCCGUUCCAGAAAUUUGAGGACCGAUAACAGUCGUAUUAGGUUUAAGCAGAUGAGACUGACAAAAAACGUAAGGUGACAUCAUAGACAAAUAGAAAAGGAUAGAACAAAUCUUGAUUCGGU